AGUAAUAUGGCUCACCUCCGGACCCUUCCGCCCGAAAUUGGCCAGUUGAAAAGAUUGGAAACGUUGGAUCUUGGCCAGAAUUUAUUAGAAACCCUUCCAGCUACGGUUGGCGGUCUCUGCAACCUGCGAGAACUUUGCCUGUCCCAGAACCGGAUGACUGAAGUGCCUGCAUGCGUAACCAAACUAACUAAGUUGGACUCAUUGCUAUUAGAUUACAACCUGAUUGGGCAGCUUCCUGGAGACUUGAGCAGCCUCGUUCAUUUAGUACAUUUAAACAUCAGUGGGAAUCCGAUUACGGUACUUCCAGUUGAGAUAUCGAGGCUAGCUGAUUUACAAAAAUUACAAACAGACGGAUGUCCCAUCAUUCGCAAAGUCAUUCCAACUUCGUUUAACUUCCCAAUGACCUUGAGAGAGAUCUGCGCAAGAAUUAUUGUUCGCAAAAAUGUUGCGAUCCCACCGACUACUCCACCAAAAUUGAUAUCCUACAUUGUAUCCUACCGAGCCUGUUCCUUCUGCAAAGGGCCAUACUAUGAAUCCUAUGUCACGCGAGGAAUGCAAACGGAUCGUGGAGAAGGUCAAAUCCUUUCAUUAGAAUACAGACUUUGCACUGAACACUGGCGAGGUGAAUCAAGUAGGAUCUUAACAAUGUUUUCAGAAGCUCCACAAACAAUCAAACCACUGAAUAUCAUUGGUUCAUUGGACGACAAACAAGACUAUCUAUCCAACUAUUUCAACUCUUCAUUCAGCAUGGACUUUUCAAAUGAAACUAAGCAAGAUAACCCUGCAGCGACGAGAGUUGCGGUUACUGUACCACCAAGCCGAAAAACGAUAUGGCGGUCUAUUUCACAUUUACGAAAACGCCAACCAUCUCAAGAUCUGUCACCUACUAUGACAUCAAGGCAGACUGUUGAUAACGGACGACAAAGUCUAAAUUGCCGCAUCCCAACCAGUGUUCUAGAAAACAAAACAAAUGCCCCUCCUUCCUCAGCUAGAAGCUUAAUGGGACCAGUACAUUAGCCUCCCCCUUCAUUUAAUUACUCUUUCCAUUCUUUUAUCUCUAUCGUUGUAUAGUCCUAUGACAGAUGUGAACCCAAAUGUAGCCAUACUGUAUCACUUAAAUCACCCCAUUCAUUGUUCAAGAACAAAGUAGCCCUUUCAAUAUAACACACAAUCCAGAAGGAAUGCCUAAUUUCUUUUAGUUUUGGUUUGGAAGGAAAAUAGAAAGGGACAUGGUGUGAUAGGAAAAAAUCAG